AUGAAUACUUAAUUAAAACAAAUAUAUUCUGCAGAAAAAGUAUAAAAGUUUGAAUUGUUAUUUUUAUAUCAUGAGAGAGAUAUGAAAGGAUUUAUCAGUUGUAAGGGUAAAGAAUAUAGAAGAGAUGAUUAGAUUUACCAUUCAUUUUAAGAGCAGCAGGUUUACUAAUAUCAAAUAAAGAAAUAAAUGAUUUAUAAGUAAAGGAAAAGUUAAGCAAAGAUGAUUUUUAUAAAUUAUUAAUAUAGCUUAAAGAUAAGAGACCUGUAAAAUAGGAGAUUGAAGCAAGUGUAAAGGUAUUUGAUGAAAACAAUACAGGAUUUAUUGAUACUAAAGAAUUGAUGGGAAUAGUUUAAUAGAUAGGAGAUGAAGGAAUAGAGAAAGAUUUUUAAUUAAUAUUAAAUAGCGUAAAAGGAAAGGAGAAUUAAGUUUAAAUAGAGGCUUUGGUAAAUCUUUUAUUAAAGGAAUGAGU